GUCUCCGUCUCGCCACCUCGGCCCCCACACACCCCGCAGCCACAGCGGGAGGAGCGGAAGCCGCCGGCCUCGCCCGUCCAACAGCCGCGCCGGUCCGAGCGCUGAAGAGCCGCAGCCGCCUCUCUCCGGCCCGACCCCUUCCGAGUGUGCAGUACGCCCCAGCCCCGGCCCGAGUGCGCCCACCUGAGCGAGCGCCAUGGCGGAGCAGGAGAGCCUGGAAUUCGGCAAGGCGGACUUCGUGCUGAUGGACACCGUUUCCAUGCCCGAGUUCAUGGCCAACCUUAGGCUCAGAUUUGAGAAAGGACGCAUCUACACAUUUAUUGGAGAAGUGGUCGUUUCUGUGAACCCCUACAAGGCGCUGAACAUCUAUGGGAGGGACACAGUUGAGCAGUAUAAAGGUCGUGAGCUGUAUGAGAGACCUCCUCAUCUUUUUGCUAUUGCUGACGCUGCUUACAAGGCUAUGAAGAGGCGAUCAAAAGACACCUGUAUUAUGAUAUCAGGGGAAAGUGGAGCUGGUAAAACAGAGGCCAGUAAGUACAUCAUGCAGUAUAUCGCCGCCAUCACCAACCCCAGCCAGAGAGCAGAGAUAGAAAGAGUGAAGAAUAUGUUGCUGAAGUCAAACUGUGUUUUGGAAGCUUUUGGAAAUGCCAAAACCAAUCGUAAUGACAAUUCAAGCAGGUUUGGGAAAUACAUGGAUAUCAACUUUGACUUCAAGGGAGACCCUAUUGGGGGACAUAUCAAUAACUACUUGCUGGAAAAGUCUCGUGUGAUUGUGCAACAGCCGGGAGAACGAAGCUUCCAUUCUUUUUAUCAGCUGCUCCAGGGAGGUUCUGAGCAGAUGCUGCACUCUCUACACCUGCAGAAAUCCCUUUCAUCCUACAACUACAUCCGUGUGGGGGCACAGCUGAAGUCUUCCAUCAAUGAUGCUGCAGAGUUCAAAGUCGUAGCCGAUGCCAUGAAAGUAAUCGGAUUCAAACCUGAGGAGAUUCAAACAGUUUAUAAAAUUUUGGCUGUUAUUCUUCACUUGGGAAAUUUAAAAUUUAUAGUAGAUGGUGAUACACCACUCAUUGAGAAUGGUAAGGUUGUGUCUGCCAUAGCAGACUUGCUCUCUACUAAGACAGACAUGGUGGAGAAAACCCUUCUUUACCGGACGGUGGCCACGGGCCGCGACAUCAUCGACAAACAGCACACUGAACAGGAAGCUAGCUACGGCAGAGACGCCUUUGCCAAGGCAAUAUAUGAGCGCCUUUUUUGUUGGAUUGUUAGUCGCAUCAAUGACAUUAUUGAGGUCAAGAACUAUGACACCACAAUCCAUGGGAAAAACACUGUUAUUGGUGUUUUGGAUAUCUAUGGCUUUGAAAUCUUUGACAACAACAGCUUUGAACAAUUCUGCAUUAACUACUGCAAUGAGAAACUGCAGCAGCUGUUUAUUCAGCUGGUUCUGAAGCAGGAGCAAGAAGAGUAUCAGCGGGAAGGCAUCCCUUGGAAACAUAUUGAUUACUUCAACAACCAGAUCAUUGUGGACCUUGUGGAGCAGCAGCACAAGGGCAUCAUUGCAAUCCUGGAUGACGCUUGUAUGAAUGUUGGCAAAGUCACCGAUGGAAUGUUCCUUGAGGCUCUCAACACUAAAUUGGGCAAACACGGUCAUUUUUCCAGCCGAAAGACCUGUGCCUCAGAUAAAAUCCUGGAGUUUGAUCGGGACUUUCGAAUCCGGCAUUAUGCAGGUGAUGUGGUCUAUUCUGCCAUUGGAUUUAUUGACAAAAAUAAAGAUACUUUAUUUCAAGAUUUCAAACGUCUCAUGUAUAACAGUUCAAAUCCUGUGCUGAAAAAUAUGUGGCCCGAAGGCAAACUGAGCAUUACAGAAGUGACCAAGCGACCUCUGACCGCUGCCACCUUAUUUAAGAAUUCUAUGAUUGCCUUAGUAGACAACCUUGCUUCAAAGGAACCAUAUUAUGUACGUUGCAUCAAACCAAAUGACAAGAAGUCCCCACAGAUAUUUGAUGAUGAGCGCUGCCGCCAUCAGGUGGAAUACCUUGGACUAUUGGAGAAUGUGAGAGUACGCAGGGCAGGGUUUGCCUUCCGCCAGACCUAUGAGAAGUUUCUUCACAGGUACAAGAUGAUCUCUGAAUUCACCUGGCCUAACCAUGACCUUCCCUCAGACAAAGAGGCUAUCAAAAUAUUCAUAGAACAAUGUGGUUUUCAGGAUGAUGUAGCUUAUGGGAAGACCAAAAUUUUCAUUCGAACACCCCGUACAUUGUUCACCUUGGAAGAACUCCGUGCACAGAUGCUUGUGAGGAUUGUCCUCUUCCUACAAAAGGUGUGGCGUGGCACCCUGGCCCGAAUGCGGUACAAGAGGACCAAGGCAGCACUGACAAUAAUUAGGUACUACAGGCGCUAUAAAGUGAAGUCAUACAUCCACGAGGUAGCCAGACGUUUCCACGGCGUCAGGAACAUGAGAGACUACGGGAAGCAUGUGAAGUGGCCAACCCCGCCAAAAGUCCUGCGUCGUUUCGAGGAGGCUCUGCAGUCAAUUUUUAAUAGAUGGAGAGCAUCCCAACUCAUCAAGACCAUACCUGCUUCAGACCUUCCCCAGGUCAGAGCAAAGGUUGCAGCCAUGGAAAUGUUGAAAGGUCAAAGGGCAGACCUUGGGCUCCAGAGGGCCUGGGAAGGCAACUAUCUUGCCUCGAAGUCAGAUACACCCCAGACCUCAGGCACUUUCGUGCCAGUCGCUAAUGAACUGAAACGUAAGGACAAAUAUAUGAACGUCCUCUUCUCCUGUCAUGUCCGAAAGGUGAAUCGAUUUAGUAAGGUAGAAGACCGAGCAAUUUUUGUCACUGACCGUCACCUGUAUAAAAUGGAUCCCACUAAGCAGUACAAAGUGAUGAAAACUAUCCCUCUGUACAACUUAACUGGUCUGAGUGUCUCCAAUGGAAAGGACCAACUUGUAGUAUUCCAUACAAAAGACAACAAAGACCUCAUUGUCUGCCUCUUUAGCAAACAACCAACCCAUGAGAGUCGAAUUGGAGAACUUGUUGGAGUCCUGGUGAAUCAUUUCAAGAGUGAGAAGCGCCACCUUCAAGUGAACGUCACCAACCCGGUGCAGUGCAGCCUGCAUGGGAAGAAAUGCACCGUGUCUGUGGAGACCCGGCUUAACCAGCCACAGCCCGACUUCACCAAGAACCGCUCCGGCUUCAUCCUCAGUGUGCCGGGGAACUGACUGCUGCGCAUCAGAGGUCUGGCCAGGGGAGCAAGAGUCUGGCCCCAGGCUGGCCGGGCCCUUGGCCUCUCCAUCCCCACCCACCUUCCACCUUGCUCAGCAUCCAGGAUCCCAGCCACUUGCUGUCUGCCCUCUAAUACCACUAGAAGUCAGCUUGCAAGGCCUCCAGCGGGCCUCUCCUCUAAGGUGGCCCGCCUGGCUUUCUGACCCGCCUCCGCCUCUGCUCUCUCAACUUUCCGUAGUCCCUGCUCAGGAAACCAAAGACCCUCUGCAGCCUCCCGUGCUGACAGCUCGCCACUUCUUACCCCACAAACAACUGGAUACGGCCAGUGACCACUGCUGACCCCGCAGAAGGAUGGGGGCUCAGGGCAUGGGACAGCUUCUCCAGCCAAAGACACAUCCUCCUGGAGGUUUUGAUCUAGUGUCCACACGCAGAGGACUAGCCCUGCUCUGUGACCCCUACCUGAUGCCUUCCUUCCCCCACGAUUGCACCCCCAGCAGCCAGCCAAAGGCAGCAGGUGAACAGACUUGCCUGUGAAGCCAUCCCUCAGCCAUGUUCUGCAAGGGGUUCCUCCUUCCAGAGCUGUCCCUGGGACAUCUUUUGCCACCAAGGUUCCAGGCCAGGACUUUCUGACCACUUCUCCAUAGAGAUGUCCUGCUGCUACCCAGGGACCAGUUAGCUUAACCUUCCUGCAGAUUGCGGGGUUGCUAGUCAGAUGUUCCCUCUGCUGUAGCCACACUGCCCGGACAAGUGAGGCCUGAGGACGCGUGAGGAGGUGUGAGGGGGGGAGUGCUUAGCUUGGUCCUUUCCCCUAACUCCCCUAGCCAUGCCUCCUCCUCACUGCAGAACUGGGGCUCGUGGGGGGUGGACCCCAGCUGCGGCAGAGCGUGGAGUCCUGGCACUGCAGGCCAGGCCAGGGUGCCCACCUACGCCACACACCUGCCUGCUGGAGCCUGGCCCCCGAGCCCCUGCUGGGGAAGAGCUGCCAGCCUGUCAGUGCCUGCCCUGCGAAGAGUGUGCGUGUUCCGGAGGCCUCCCUGAGACCCCUGCCCCUGCCUCAGCUGCCCAGGAUGUGAGGCCUGUGGGCCGUGCAGGUUUGCUGAGAGCCUAACAUGGAAGGCUGAGACCGACAACCGGCAGGAACAGCAGGGCUCACACUUCCCUCACUUUCUGCCAGACUCUGCCCCCAACCCACCGAGUGCCUGUGUGUCACCUCCUGUGCCUCACCCAGGGCCGGAGGAAGUCACCUGGCUGACCAAGGUGGAUCUAGCCUUGGUCUCAUAACCCCUUUUGCAGAGCUGUGGGCCUUUUACACUGCGGGCGGUUGCCAUGCUGUCCCCAGGAUCCUUUCUCAUCCUCCAUGCUCGGUCAGCUGCCUGUGCAGUGCCAAGGUGCCCCAGCCUGGUUUUGCCAAUCACCAGUGGACACUGACAGCCAUCUGACUGGAACGCCACCUUUCCUUCCCACGUCCUCCCGCAGCGUGUGGCUUUAAAAGUAGACAUGCAAGUGUGUUCAUACACACCAAAGCAGUCAUGCCAAAGGAGUCGCAGAUCGGAGGGUGAGGGCUCUCCUCUCAACCUCUCACAUAGCCUGGGACCCCUGACCCGGGCCAGAACCUCCGAGGAACCGCCCUGUCCACAAGCACUUUCUUAGGACCUAAAGUCAGGGUGUGGCCACUGAAGGACCUGGAAUUUGGGUGUGAUGAUCACAGUAAGGAGACGUGACAUACUGAUUGUAUACAUGGAGUGGGGUCUCUCGAUUUAAUGAAAUGCAGUUUAUGGUUUGGUGCAUAUAUUCCUAUUUUCCACUAAAUUAACUUUAUUUCUAAAGCAUAUUUUGAUUUACCAUCAAGAGCAAUAAAGCAUUAAAUCUUA